AUGCAUGCUGCAGUGCAGUGGCGCAAACGUCAGCUCUCUGGGGCCCAGCUCCAGGCCUUGGUGGGCGGCAGCUGUAUUCUAGAUUUUGUGCAGGCUGCAACCACGGAGUUCAGGCUUCAUUAUGUUCUGAUCCAGAUGGCAGGGUUCACAAUGUCCCUGACGUUGCUGAACGUCUUGAUUGUCUUGGGCCGCACUGAUGGACAGCAGCGCUUGCGGACAGCCAGCUGGACCUUCGCAGCUUUGAUCCUCGACCUCCUUCUGGUUGCGGCACUGCACAACGAGUGGAUACGGCUUUCCCUCAGCUGGACGGGGCUGGAAUACUUGGGCCUGGUGCUCUACACAGCGGUCAUGGUGCAAAUUGGGGGUUUGCUUCCAGCUGCCACCGUGAAGCUCGGCUGCUUGCCACAGGUUGUUUCAGAUGAAUCAUCAAAGGCUUUGCUGCCACAAGUUCACAGAAGCAAGCUGCCCAAAAGGGCAGCCGUUUGA